AUGUAUUCAACUAGUACACAAAAAAGGGAAUGGACGUUCUCGUCACAACAAGAAAUUUUGGAUAUUAGGAAGGCAACAAAUGAAAAAUUCCGAGCAAAAUAUGAAAAAGUGGCUACUGAGGAGGAGAACGAAACAUUUCUUACACCUGAAGAAGAAGCAAUUUUGAGAAAUAUUGUCACAGAAACUGGCAUUAGGUUUGCGGAAGAUUUUCGGCCAGUAAUGUGGCAAUCAACUCGUUGGAUUGCAUUUGCAUAUUUUAAGAGAUUUUUUUUACAUCAUUCAACGAUGGAGUAUUCACCAAAAAGUGUAAUGAUGUCUUGUCUAUUUUUGGCUGCAAAGGUGGACGAGUUUAACAUAUCCAUUGAUGAUUUUGUAAAAAAUUUAAGAUCAGGUACUGCUAAGUCAAAUGCGGAAACGAUUUUGUCAUUUGAACCACAGAUAAUGCUGAAAUUACGAUAUCAUUUAACUGUACAUGCACCUUUUCGCCCAUUUGAAGGACACUUAAUUGAAAUGAAAACAUGUUCAUUGUUGGGUUUUGAUUUAGAGCAAGUUCGACCUCAUGCUAAUGAUUUUUUUAAGAAAGCAUUAUUUGGAGAUGUUAUGCUUCUUUAUCCGCCAUCACAGAUUGCUUUGGCUGCAUUGAAAUUUUCCCUGAAGAUGUUGGAUAAGGAAGAUGAUUUGUUAAAAGAUCAGUUUCUAAACAAAUUGCUUAAAAUUGAUACGUGGAGUCCACAAAGUGAAGAUGUUUUAUUGUGUGACCAAUUGAUUUCUCGAGUUGAUGAAAUUAUUCGUUGUGUACUUCAGGGUUGUGAACCUGUUUCUAAAGAAGCUAAUGAUGCAUUACAAGCUCGUAUGGAACGAUGGGUAACCACAUUUCCUGAGUUAGAACGCAAAUUAAAUGGCCUCAGUUCGAAUUUUCAUAAAGAAAGUUCUAAUUCAAAUUUUGAUUUUUCUGAUGAUGAUUGA